CAUUCACACUCGUGCUAACAUCGGCAAGGCAGUUGUGAAGAGCUACCCAGGUGAGUGAGCGGUGGUAAGGUGACAUUGACCCUAUGCUUGUAGCUGAAGCCAUAUCUCGUGCUCCACAAAGGAACUCACUCUCUCAGGAGAUUAGGCAGCAACAACGUUUGAUCCAAUAUACCACCGAAUAUCAAUCAUACUCAUUACAGGAUGAAGACGAAUGCGUCCUCUACACUCCCUUCUCCUCUAGACGCCUCCCUCAAAGGGCACAACUUCUUCCUUCGACAUGCCUCUCGUUCUUCAGCCUGCCGACGAGGCCGAUGCCCCUCGCGUCGUUGAGAUCGAACGUCUCGCCUAUGCUUCCAACCCCCUCAACCCUGUCCUGUUUCCAGGACCGUUUCCGCCGGAAGCAAAGAACGAGCGUGCGGAAGGGCUCAUCAAGCAAUUCCAUGAAGAUCCAACUGUCCGAUGGGUGAAGGCGAUAGAUACCGAGACUGGUGAGAUCGCUGCAUUUGCAAAGUGGAACAUCAUCAAGGAGCCCAGAGAGCCGGCUCGGAGCCGACAGUUUGGCCCUGGAUGCAACGUUGAGGCAUGUGAGGAGUUCUUCGGGGGAAUUCAUAGAAAGCGAAAUGAACUGAUGGGAGGGAAGGCAUACUGCUUACUCGACCUUCUCCAGACGGAUCCAAAAUACCAGGGACGUGGUGCAGGAGGAAUGCUGAUCAGAUGGGGGCUUGAUGUCGCCGACGAACUCCACCUUCCAGCCUACCUUGAAUCGUCCCCUGCCGCCCACAACUUGUAUCAGAAAUUCGGCUUCCGAGAUAUUGACAAAUUCACACUAAAUCCAAAAUGGAACUACGGAUCGGCAGACGCGACGAUUUCAUUUAUGCUCAGGGACGCGAAAUAAUGGCUUGUCUUUCGCUAAGGGGGAGCAAAGCAGCGUGGGCUUCAAUACUGGGGGAUUUGCCAAGACUACCGCUUCAGUGAGACAAAGGCUUAUUCAUGCCCACUCAAAUGGGUAUGCCGUUGGCGAGCGGAAUGCUGGUAAGAAAGGUGCUGUGGCAACUUCCUGAUUCCAUCCGCGAUAUUCACCUUCUUGAUCGGGACCGAUUCUCCGGGGGGCGGCGGUUCUGAGCAAACGGCGAAACAGCCUGUUUUGCUGCCUCGAUAGGAUGUCUCGGUCUCAUCUCAAUCUAGGGAAAUGGCGAGUAAGGGGAGCAAAGGUAGGUGGCAAGGCUCAACCGCAUCUUGCAGCAUUGUCGGCUAAAUGCUGCUGCUGAAUAAGGCUUCUUAUAUAAGAUAGGUCAGCCUAGGGGUCUCGACCGCCAGUACUUAGCGGCUCACCUGCUACCUGAAUUCAUCCAUGCCCCGAUGCACUGUCGUCGUCCGGUUCUGACGCUUGACCGAAAAUCUCCCUGCCCACAAAGAAGUUGUCGUUACCAAUGUUCGUCGCACCGAACUGAUGAUUCAACAUGGGGGGAAGCUUGCCCUUUCAGCAGCAUCCUCAAUCAGACAAGUGCAACCUUUGUCAUAGACGCAUGGAUCGAGAUGGGAGAUCGUUACUGAAUUUUCUCAUUUCUGUUUUUAUAUCUACCCCCGAGUUGCUACAGAUGAAGUGCCGCUUGAAUACGUCCCUAAAUCAUGUGCAUGAAUACUUCAAAAAAUGCCCUGUUCUCCCGUCGUUUGAUGAGCUCUAGGCAUUCCACAAAGAACUCCUCGAUCAAUAAGACGACAUUGCAAGAUGGCGAUUUGUGCAAAGGGGAGAGGCGGAUACAACUGACGGAAUCAACGAGCCGGGAGACUUUGUCCCGGGGAUCAGUUUUGGUUCUCCUCGACAUCGAAUAUGUCUGAAGUUCGAUGAGAUAUCGUCAGGGCAAAAGGAGAGAUGUCGUCAGCUCCUCGACCAUGGUACAAAUGAAGUCGCUCCCUGUCCACGACGAAAACUUCCAGCAGAAACUCCAGCACAGACUAUUCUCAUGAUCCGCGAGGAGACGAUGGCUGAAACGUCCACAAACUCAGCCGAGACGAAAAUCAUUCGUCACCCGACCCGCCGCAGAAACCAGCGAUAUUUCGAGUCUUAGCGAACAGGGUUCCAUCAAUGCUAUGCCGUCGACGCACUCGCGGGGUGGAGAGCAUUCGAAGCAAUGCAUGACGGAAAAAGUUCACGCCGUUACCCCGAACAAUCAUCGGCCGAGAGCAGGGACGUUACGGUCCUCAGAAAGACAUGCGUACGCGACUCGGGUCAUCGUGGAGCUGCGCAAGGCGAGACGUGAGAUUUGACACAA